AAGGUUAUGAUUGCUAGCUCUUUUUCAUACUGACAACCCCGGUGUUCGCAGUAGCAGGCUUUCCAUGAGCUCCGGCCCCCAGCAACCAGAACUCCAGCUUGCAGUUGAAUAUUGAGCCUUCCAACUCCCGGAGGUCAUGUCGUCCGGUGGCAGCGGCUCCCUGUCCACUUUGCGUGCAAUGUAUGGCGCGACACUGGUGGGGACUUUCGUAGGCGUCUUUCUGUCGGGCAUCGUCUCUAUGCAGGUGUACAUGUACAGUCGCGUGUACUCGAAGGACCACAUCGGGAUAAAAUGCAUGGUUGUUCUGGUCUGGGCUAUGGACUUGCUACAUACCUGCUUGAUCUGCGUGGCAAGCUGGAUGGACCUGGUCGAAUACUUUGGGGAAUGGGACCAUCUGGAUUGGAUUACCUGGAGUGUUGGAGCUUCAGUUGCGCUGACCGCCCUCGUUACCUUUCUUGUGCACUGUUUUUUUAUUCAUCGAAUAUAUAUAAUAAGCAACAGGAACUUGUACUUGACUGUCCCACUCGCCGUAUUAGCUCUAUUCCGUUUGGCGGCAGCCACAGCGUCGACGUCAGAGAUGAUAAGGCUGUCGAGCUAUUCAGGAUUUGUGAAGAGAUACGGCUAUAUCUUUACCAUGGGUCUUAGCUCUGCGGUUGCCCUGGAUAUCGCAAUCACUGGGGCAAUGUGCUUCUUCCUCCGGCGGGGCAAGUCUCAACUUUCAACGAUGAACGACAUCAUCGAUACACUGGUGCUAUAUACAGUGGAAACCGGGAUGAUCACCUGCCUCACCACAAUCGCUUCCUUGGCGUGUUGGGUCUCUAUGCACAAUAAUAACCUGAUAUUUCUCGGUCUGCACUUCACUAUCAGCAAGUUAUAUGCUAAUUCGCUCCUUGCUAUGUAA